AUGAUCACGCUACUGUUGUUCGGCAUUGGUGUGCUGUCGCUGUACGCGUACUGCAAGAUAAAGUUUAAGUUCGCGGAAAAGAUACCGUGCGUGGAGCCGAUGCGACCGUUCUUCGGCAAUGGGCUCGAGUUUGCGCAGAAAAACUCCUACGAGAUAUUCAAGAGCAUCACGCGCGCGUACAAGGACAACAAGCGCAUCUUUAAGAUCUGCUUCGGACCGAUCCCGGUGAUCUGCCCCACGCACCCGGACCUGAUACAGAAGGUGAUGACCGAUACGGCGACCAUCGACAAGCCCUUCGUGUACGAUUUCAUGCGCGUGGACCACGGAUUGCUCACGGCGAAGUAUGACGAGUGGCGCGUGCAUCGAAAAGCGCUCAAUCCCACAUUCAACACGCGCAUCCUCAACAGUUUCAUCCCGAUCUUUAGCGACUGCGCCAGCAAAAUGGUCGCCAGCAUGCACGCCCAUCGUGUUGAUAACAAACCGAUCAACAUGCUGGAGUUCACCUCGCCCUGCACGCUGGAAAUGAUCUGUCGCACUUCACUCGGCGGGAAGGUGCUGGAACGCGAAGGCAAGCAGGAGUUUAUCGAAGGACUUGAAAAUAUCCUUCACAAUGUCGGCCUUCGGAUGUUCAACGCGAACCUUCACCCGGACUUUGUCUACAAGUACACUCGCUUCUACCAGGCCGAAAUGGCGUCCCGCAAGGUCUGCUACGCUUUCACGGACAAGGUGAUUGCGGAAAAGCGGGCCGAGUUUGAGAAGAAACUCCAACGCACGGCCGCCGAUGGCAACAACAACCACGGCGCGGAGGUGGACGAGAACGGCAACGUCGUCUUCGAGGAGGAAGAAGACGAUAUGCUCAGCUACAAGAAGCCGCAAAUCUUCGUCGACCAGCUGCUGACCAUACCGAUCAACGGUAAACCGUUCACGCACGAGGAGAUCACCGAUCACAUCUACACGAUGAUAGCGGCCGGCAACGAAACAUCGGCGACCCAGGCCGCCCACGCCUGCCUGCUGCUGGCCAUGCAUCCGGAGGUGCAGGAGCGGGCGGCGGCCGAAGUGUGCGAGCUGCUGGACGGUGGCGCAGAGUGCACGCACGAGACGCUCAAGCAGAUGGUGUACCUCGAGCGGGUAAUCAAGGAGUCGCAGCGACUCUGCCCGGUGGCCGCCAUCUACGGACGUAAGGCGAUCGCACCGAUCCAGCUGGACGAGUUCGUCAUCCCGAAGGGUUUCAUCCUGCUGCUGAACGUGUUCGCGCUGCACCGGCAGAAGGAGUACUGGGGUCCGAACGCGGACCGCUUUGAUCCGGAUCACUUUCUGCCCGAGCGCGUCAAGCAGCGUCACCCUUACGCCUACCUGCCCUUCAGCGGGGGCCCACGCGGUUGCAUCGGCAGUCGGUACGCGAUGAUGAGCCUGAAGAUGAUGCUGUCGCAGAUCCUGAAGAACUUCCGCCUCUCCACCGACAUUCCGUACGAGAAGAUGGAGUUCAAGUUCAAGGUGUCCAUGCAUCUGGCGUUCGAGCAUCUGAUCAAGCUGGAACCUCGUGGUUGA